AAUGGUUUUCCAAUGUCAGAAAGUUUGACGUUUUGUAUAAUUUGUAUUGGUUUUGCAAAUAUGAACACUAUCAAUAGAGAAUAAACUGGUGACUUUAUUAAGUUUUGGACUAUAGGUGGAAAAUGGCAGAUUUUCUUGCUGAAAAUAAUGCUUGUGGUCAAAGUUUACUUCAUAUCGUUUCUGUAGGAAAUUCGAUAAUUGCAGAAACACUACGUUUAAAGGAUUACAUACCUGACAUUUAUCGUUUAGAAACAAAGGCUGACGUUCAAAAGUAUUCCGAAAUUAUAUUGGACUUUAGCUAUUUAAAAAUAGCAGAGGCACAGGAGCAGAAAAUAGAAGAAAAUCCAGAAUUACAAGAUUUAGAUGACGAGGUACGUGAAAACUAUUUGGACCUUUUAACACGAUUUUAUUUGGCCUUCGAAAGUACACAUCAGUAUGCUGUGGAUCUCAAGCAAUUCAUUGAUGAAUUGAACCGUGGCUAUUACAUUCAGCAGACAGUUGAGUCUGUGUUACAGGAUGUAGAAGGAAAGCAGUUAAUGUGUGAGGCAUUGUACUUGUUUGGCACAAUCUUAUUGCUGCUUGAUUAUCACAUACCGGGUAUUGUGCGUGAACGCCUCUUAAUAUCCUACUAUCGUUAUAGUGCUGCAAAAGCACAAGGUGAUAGCAAUAUCGAUGAUGUGUGCAUGUUAUUGCGCUCCACAGGCUUCGUAGUCAACAACGGAACUACUCCUCACAACACAAAACAAGCAACACCUGCACAAUAUCCUGUCUCUUACUUUGCACGCUUUACAUUUGACCAAAACUUUAUCGAUAUGGUAAUCGGUCGUUUACGUUGCGACGAUCUUUACAACCAAUUAGCCAUUUAUCCACAUCCUGAUCACCGCUCCACCGCACUGUCUACACAGGCCGCAAUGCUCUUCGUAUGUCUCUUUUUCACACCACAAACCCUACAUUCCCAAGUAGCACAAAUGCGUGAAAUUGUGGACAAGUUUUACGCCGAUAAUUGGGUAGUAUCCAUUUACAUGGGUGUAACUGUUAACUUAAUUGAUGCGUGGGAUGAGUUCAAGGCAGCUAAAGCGGCUUUAGCGCCAGUAGUGGAUACUGGUGUGAAGGGCUUCUGUUUGUUGCAUAAGGAGAAAAUGAGCAAGACUUUGAAACAAACCCAGGAAAUACUACGAGCUGGUGUCUUGAGUGACGACUUUGUACUGCAAAAUAUUUCAAAAAUCAUACCUUUGAUGCGUCAAUGUAACGUUUUAUUGCGCUGGUAUUUCACGCAUACAUCAAAAGCAAUAUUAGUAUUUACGCAAAGUGCACAGAAGACGCAACAGGUCGAACAGCUAGUAUGCAAUGAGCUACACUAUCAUAAAGAGCAGUUAUUGGAACUGCUGCUCGAUUGUAGCCAACUGGAGGCGGCCGUUAAGGAUAUAUUGCGUGAUUUAAUGAGCGCCAAAGUCGAACGUUGGUCUAAAUUUAAGCAUGAAGCGCUGGAUCGUCUUAAUGAACUCGGAGAGGCAUUUGGUGGCUCACGGCCUCUAUCAAAAAUAGAAAAAAAUCCUCAGCUGAAAUUGUGGUUCGCUGAAAUAUCGCAAGAAGUUGAAAAACUGAAUGCAGAAAAUGUGAAUUUCUCAGGACGAACACUGAUUCAACUGAUACAGGCACUCGAAGAGGUGGAGGAAUUUCAUAAUCUACAAGCAAACAUGCAGGUGAAGCAGUAUUUGUUGGAAACACGUGAAUUUCUACAUCGCAUGAUACAGAUUAUUAACAUCAAGGAAGAUAUACUUAUAAAUAUGCAAUUGAUUAGUGAUUUGAGUUACGCCUGGCGUUUGCUUGAUCGGGAUUUUACCGUUAUCAUGCAGGAUAGCAUUAAGAAGCAACCCAGAUCUGUAAUACGCUUGCGUGCUGCAUUCCUUAAACUUGCCAGUGCACUGGAAAUUCCGCUAUUGCGUAUAAAUCAAGAACACAGUGAGGAUCUUGUGUCCGUUUCCAAUUACUACAGCACCGAGCUGGCUAAUUACAUGCGUAAAGUUUUGCAAAUCAUACCAGAAACCAUGUUCAGCGUCAUGGCACGCAUUAUAAAUUUACAAACGGAUGUGCUGCGCGAAAUUCCCACACGCUUGGAAAAGGAUAAACUGAAGGAGUACGCACAAUUCGAGGAUCGAUAUACCAUUGCGAAGCUUACACAUUCAAUUGCCAUCUUCACCGAGGGCAUACUAAUGAUGAAGAAGACGCUGGUUGGUGUUAUAGAACUUGAUCCCAAACAGCUGCUUGAGGAUGGCAUACGCAAAGAAUUGGUGAAGCACCUCGCGAACGCGCUUAAUCUCGGCAUGAUUUUCACGACAACAAAUAAAACGAAACAACAACCGAUAGCCGAAUUAGAAACGAAAUUGUUAGCAUUGGCCAAGAUCAUGGACGGCUAUAGACGCUCCUUUGAGUAUAUACAGGAUUACCUAAAAAUACAUGGCCUGAAAAUACUGCAAGAAGAGCUGACACGCAUUAUCAACUAUAAUGUGGAAAAGGAGUGCAAUGCGUUUUUACGUAAUAAGGUACAGGAUUGGCAAUCACGCUAUCAGAGUCAAACCGUACCCAUACCGAGUUUUCCGCCACUGCAAGGAGACUCCUCGAAAUCGAAUAAUUUCAUCGGCCGUUUGGCACACGAAAUACUCCAGUGCACAGAUCCUAAGCGUACAAUUUACAUAGAACUCAAAGCAACGUGGUAUGAAAAACGCGCGCCACACAAAGAAAUACUGAACGGUUGCUUCUUCAGCAAGGUGCGUGACGCAAUCGGACCGGCUGGUUUGGUCGGUUUAGAUCGUCUGUAUUCGUACAUGUUUGCAACAGAACUGAAACGAAAUCUGGAAAAAAUGCAAAAGAAUCUAGCCAACGAUAAUAUGUGGUUGGAAGCAUUAAAUAACUUAAGUGUCGAGUUGGAAUCAAAGCAAUUUCCCGGCACUAAUGCCUCAAACCCAUUAAAAUUCUACGCUAAUUAUCAUAAUCGUUGGUUAAAAGUGUGGCCCACACUGCUUGAAUGGCUGCUGCAGUUGGGACAUAAACAGAUUUUGCGUCAGCAACUGGCCUUUGAGUUGAACAGGAGCAGCAAAUGUAAUUCCAAAAACUUGGAAUCUUCGCUGGAAACAUUCAAUAGGGCACUGUUAAAUGAAUUGGAACAGCCAAAUAUUUAUGCGAAAUUCAUCGAUUCGGAGCGUGGCAAUCAAUUGCUUGUGGAAUUUAACGAUUAUCUAGCGUUUACUGGCUCCUAUGAGCCGCUCGAGCAAGUCUUCCUUACCACGAAAAACACACAUCACAUCGCGCUAUUUCUCUUCUUAUUCACCAUAGCGCAUUUGCCACGCCUACAAUUCACGGUCAAUACAAAUAGCUUGCUGGCGAAAAAUAUUAAGGAUUCCAUAGAUGGUACGCCACUUCUAGUGGGCUUAUUAACGGUUUUGCAACAGUUUCAUAAAGACGUUAAGUUAUUGUACUUGACUUAUCUGUGUCAGUACGUAACUGUGAUAGUGGAGGCGAAUAUAAGCGCAAAGAGCGAAAUCACCGUGGAGGGCACAACUGCGUUGCACUUCCUGCAAAUGUUUGUGCGGUUAGCUAAGCUGCCACGCACUGUUUUAACCGAGCGCUGUCCCACAAUUAUAUUAAAUCAAUUUGAGUAUUUAGCUAUAAGCAACAAAGUUUAACUAGUAUUUACCGUUUUUAUAUAAAAAAUUAAUAUUAUUGCUUAUAUAAAAC